AUGGGUCUCCAGAUGGAUUUGAAAUCAUUGGGUACAGUCUAUGGAACAUUAAUGUUUCUUAGACCAGCCUUUCAGGAAUUGCUACCACCCUAUGUCCGAAAAUUUAUUCGAGAUAUAUUCUACUGGCUUUUACCAUAUAUCCGUAAGGAAAAGUUCACAAUUGAUAUCGAUGGUGGUUGUUAUGGUACUGAUGGCUUCUCUGACGUUCAGACAUACCUUAGUUCCAAGUGUUUUGAUUCCAUAAAUCAUAUGAAAACAACUAUUAUUGGAAAACCGAAUAAAGCCAAUUACACGAUUGCUCCAGAUGGAAAAACAAGUUCGACUGCUGCCAUUGCUAAUUACCUCAAAUUCGAUAUCUAUGAUAUGGAAUUAACAUCAGUUAAAACCAAUAGUCAUCUGAGAAAUCUCUUGAUUGCAACUAAAAGUAAAUCAGUGAUUGUGAUUGAAGAUUUUGAUUGUUCGCUGGAUUUUUCAACUAAAAGUAAUACGGAUGACGAACAAGAAAAUACUGACGGCGAUGAUAAUGAUAAGGGAAGAAGUUCUAGAGCUGAUAAAGAAAAAAAAAUGAAAGUAAGUGAUGUAAGUUUAUCAGGUGUUUUGAACUUUGUGGAUGGACUGUGGUCUUCUUGUGGUGGCGAAAGAUUGAUAAUUUUUACAACGAAUUACAAAGAAAGGCUCGACCCUGCAUUACUAAGACCGGGUCGAAUGGAUGAACAUAUUCAUCUCUCUUUUUGUGAUUUUGAAUCGUUUAAGGUUUUGGCUAAGAAUUAUUUGCAAAUCCGAGAACAUGAGAUUAUGAAUGAAGUUAAAGAGUUGUUGAAGUUCGUUCAGAUCACACCAGCUGAUGUUGCAGAGUUUCUUAUGAGUUGUGAUGAUGAUGCAGACAUUGGUUUAGGAAAUUUGGUUAAAGAAUUGAAGAAGAGAUUGGAAUCGAUCAAGAAAGAAGACACCACUGAACAAAAUGAUAAAGAAGCAGCCAUUAAACAAGAAAAAGAAGAAGCUUUUGAUAAUUCUGAAAAAAUGAAAGAAGAAGAAGAAAAGGACGACGACCAUGUAGAAAUUGAUUCCGACUCUGAUUCUGAGUCCGAUUCCGAUUCUGGUUUGGGUUCUAAUGAUUCUGAUUACUGA